GUACAUAAUUCGAUCAGUUCUGAUACACGUGGAAAUUCAUGCAUUUCUUCUCGGUGGAACGGACUGAAAAUGGCGUUUAGUCUAGAUCUCAAGCGAGUUUUGAUAAGCGACAGUGUGGACAGCUGUUGUAAAACUAUUUUGGAAACGAAUGGAAUCGUUGUCGACUUAAAAACAAAGCUAACCAAAGAAGAGCUCCUUGCAGAAAUCCCGGUAAGUAUUAAAUCAUAAGGUUCAUUAAUCUUUGUAGCAUCUCAUUCCUCUUUUCCUUAUACCUUACUACUCUUACUAUUGUAGAAUUAUGAUGGUCUGAUCGUUCGCUCAGCAACAAAAGUGACUGCAGAUGUGAUCAAGGCAGGGAAUAAACUUAAAAUUAUAGGUCGAGCUGGAACUGGUGUCGACAACAUUGAUAUCCCUGCAGCUUCACUUCAAGGAGUUAUUGUUAUGAAGUAAGUUCAGUUGAUACUAAUUUUUCUAGCUUUUCAUGAACUAGUAAAGAGAAGCCUUGGUUUUUACAGCUUUCAUAUCCGAAAUGAGUUAUAUUCUCGUAACUGAAGUAAAGGAUUUACAGUGAAAAAAUAUUCGGUCAUAUUCGUUUAUUUUUUUGUUACCUACAGCGCAUGACCCACCCCGCAGAAAAAAGAUUUUUGUUUGCCAUGGUUUUUAGCAAAUUAAUACAGAAGUUUUUUUUACAAAUUUACAAAAGUUUUUGUUGCUGUCGGGGGGGGGAGGACUCUUUGUAAAAGUACGAAGAAACUGUAAAAAUACUGGAGUGUCAAAUUACAUUUAAGAAGAGGUGGAGACUGGACACCACACUGAUGAUCCCAAUGUUUUUAAGAUGGAAUCUACCAGGACAUUGAGUAAUUUUGAUUUUCAGUGGACAAAAAUCUUGUACCAGAAUAAUUUAAGCAUAUUGCAUUCUUUCUUACAUUUUUCAAGGGCUAAAGAUGUCAUAAAUCAUCUGUAGUGACACCAAAAAAAUUUCUUCUGGGAGCCAGAGUAAAUGAAUGUCAAAUCUCACAAAAUUAUCUCUCACACAUGAAAUUUUGAGAAUUUUACCUGUGUAAUCACUAUUCUUGUGAAAUUUGACAUUCAAUUUCUCGGACUUCCAUGAGAAAUUUUCUUUGGUGUUACUACAUAUGAUUUAUUACAUCUUUAGCCCUCCCAAAAUGUAAAAAAAGAAUGCAAUAUUCUGUAAAUUAUUGUGGUACGAGGUUUUUGUUCACUGAGAAUUAAAAUUGCUCAAUUUCCUGGUUGAUUAUGUCUUAAAUGUUCAGUGUUUUUCUUGGACUAAGUGGUAAAAUAUCUGUUCACUCAUUUUCAUACCAUUUGAUCAGGAAAAUAAAUGUCAUGAAACUUUUUUACUUGUGGUUUGCACUAACAGAGCCCUUUUGAGAAACAUGCAUUUGGUGUAGGGUGAAACAGUUCUGAAGAAAGCUAAACUACCAACUUUCAAAACCGCACACUUCAGGACUUUGCUAUAUUAAUGUAUAAGGUUAAGAAUAACUUAGUCCCAUAUAUCAGACCUUUAUCAUUGUAGCACAAAUACAUGUAAGUAUAUCUUUGAAAUGCAGAUGAUUUUUCUUUACCAAGAUUUAAUACUACCAAGUAUGGCAAGCAUAGUUUAAGGUACACAGGACGUUUUAUUUGGUCUAAACUGCAUAAGUCCAUCAAAGUUACAUCAUAGAUAAUUGAGCUUAAACUGGAAAUGGAUGGGAGGGAUGUUAUUUUUAGUAGCUUGUAUUCUUAGUUCUCCUAGAUAGGUGUCUCAAAUUAGUUUCUUGUAAACUAGAACGAAAGACAUGAUAAUAAAGUUGUUGUUGUUAUUAUUAUUAUUAAUUGUUUUAAUUGAAUGAAAUGUUCUUAAUUUGAAUAGUUUUUGUUUAAUGGAAUGAAUUUUGUUUUUCUGAUCAAAACUAAAUGUUUUUUUUUAAACAAAAGCAAUUGUAAAUAGCGUUUUGUCAAAAUAGUUUUUCUUAGAGUGAAUUAACCCAUUCGCUCCUGGAGAUUUUGCCGAAGAACGCGUUUUGAAGCUAGUCGAGUGGUUUUCUGGUCACUGUUGUGCUAUAAAGAGCUAAAACUUACCACAAACCGGUUUACAGGUCGUAAAUUUCGCAGCCUUCUGAUCCAGAUUCAAAAUAUUAGCUUGCAAAGUUCGGGCAUGCGCAGGAAGCAAAAUUUCGAGAUAGUUUUUGGGUUUAAAAGUGACACAGCAGUCUUGACUUUUACUUUUCACUUUCUCUCCUCCCCUCUUUUUUCGCUUUUCUUGCCUCAUUUUUUUUUCUCUUGCUGGGCGUUUUGUAGGCUUCGUUUUGGUGGGAAGAGUUUUUAGGAAAGCUUUUAGCAUCUUAGGAUUAGGUAAAAGGAAAGGUAGGUGAGCAAUGGAACAAGAUUUUCAUGGAGAUUUUCAGGUCAAUGUCACAUGGUUUUUUGCUUCUUUCUCUGGUGUCCUCGACUGAAUUGUGCUCAUUCUGGUAUGGUUUGAAAGAUCUCUUCACUCUGC